CCAGACUAUGAAUAAUAUGCAUUGACAACUGGUCUUUUUUAAAAACAAACUGCCACGGAAUGGUCUUUCUUUAGAAUGGAAUUAAUAUUCUGUUACAAUGACUCAAAAAUCCAGAAUUCAUCGAGUAAAACUUCAGCUGAAAACAUUUCAGGGACUGCAAACCAAGUUAGUUCACGUCUAUGUAAAAGACACGUGUAUGUUAAAGAAGAGACGAUGAACCGCGCCAGGGAAAAAGUAGAUUACUGUAAAAUGCCAUCACGCUCAGCAAGCCGUUUGAGAGAAGACAAAAGAGCUGUCGCAGGUGAAACGAAGACAUCGAAGAACCAUGAGCCCCACCAUGAGGUGCGAAUGAGAGACGUGCUGUGCAGCCGCACAUGUUACUACCGCAUUCAGGACUUCAUCGGAGAAGGAUGCUUUGGCAAAGUUGCCAAGUGUGUGAACUUAGUCACAUCACAGGAUGUAGCCAUCAAGAUCCUAAAAUCUGAGAAUAGUGAAGACGUUGAAGAAGAGAUCAAAAUGCUCAAAGCGGUGAGCGCUCUUGACCCAGUCAAGAAGAACGUGGCGCAGUUCCUCGAAACGUUUAAACACAAAGGACAAACCUGUCUCGCUUUCGAAAUGUUAGACAGAAAUCUUCAUCAACUGUUUAGAGAGAGACGCUACAAGCCGCUGUCCCUCAGUGAGAUACGACCGAUGGCACAGCAGUUGCUGACGGCCUUUGACGCUCUGAAAGGCAUCGGUGUGGUUCACUCGGACCUGAAGCCGGACAACGUAAUGCUGACUAACCACCAGGGUGAGCCCUUUAGGGUGAAACUAAUAGAUUUCGGAGUGUCCUUCCCCACCUCAAAGGAGCAUCGUGGACAUACAAUCCAACCUCUGGGUUACAGGGCACCAGAAGUCUUCCUGGGUCUCCCCGUCUCUGAGUCCAUAGACAUGUGGAGUCUCGGCUGUGUGCUCUUCUGGCUGUACGUCGCCGAACACCUGUUUCCAGGUCACUACCAGUACCAGUCUAUGAGAGGCAUUGUUGACAUACUGGGACAGCCGGCUGACCACCUUCUCCGCGCCGGAUACUUCACCCACAAGUUCUUUACGAUGAACCAGAAAACGAACUACCCAAAAUGGUGGCUAAAGACUCCAGGCGAGUACAAGCUUUACAACGACAGAGAUGCUGGAGAAUGGGACAGGUCUUUUAAAAGCCUGGAUGACCUGAUAACAGUAGACAUCGAGCAACCUAUUGAACUGGAGGACCAAAGAGCUUUUGUGAGCCUCCUGAAAUCUCUUCUACAGACGGACUCGAAGAAGAGGAUGAUUCCGGAAAAGGCUAUCACGCACCCAUUUGUUACAAUGGCCCAUCUGAUGGAUGAGAUGGACAUGAGCGAAUAUGUGAACGAGUCCUUUCACAAAAUGCUGGUGUGUCCAAUGGAUUACGCAGAAGAGGCAGACGACGACGAGGCAGAUGAAGAGAGCAAAGGUGAAGGGCCUUCAGCCAGAACUCGUACCAAUGGCACAGGCUUGGCUUCUAGCCACAGGGCGGACAGUACAUCUGAUGGGUUUCCUGUUAAAUUGAAGAAGAGCCCGCUGAAGAGAAUCCAGAAAUUCUUCUGCAGGGCAGCCAGUACAUCUGAUGGGUUUCCUGUUAAAGUGAAGAAGAGCCUGCUGAAGAGAGCCCAGAAAUUCUUCAACAGGGCAGCAAGGACCUUGCUCGGAAAGAAAGAAAUGUUGAAUGUUAUUUGUCUUGCAGAGUAAAUGAUAUGUGCAGACACA